AUGGGGGGCCCCCCUGGGCCUGGCUGGCUGGGGGCCCUUGCGGGUCUCCCUCGUACCCUAUUAAAGGGUUUCAUUGUCCAUUUCGAGCCCACGCUGAGGGGCCCCCCGGGGGCCCCCUGGGGGCCUCCUGGGGGCCCCCCGUUCCCCUCUCUGACUCUCCGGGAGACCCUUGCGCUUGCUCGUUACCGGUGGCGGCAGUGGGUAGCUCCCCGGGGGGCCCCAGGGGGCUCCCCAACCCCCGCGACGGGGCCCCCGGGGGGGCCCUCAGCGGACCCCUCAGAGGCCCCGCAAGGGGUGCCCCCAGGGGAGCCUCCAGGGGCCCCGGGCGAAGCAGGGGGCCCCCAUGGGGGGCCCCCCUACAGGCCCCCUGCCAUCUGGCCCAGCCGGCUCUGUCUCCCCGAGGGGCCCCCACCUCCUGAGGCAGCAGAUAUCCCCGAGGGCCUCCUGAGGGUACAGGCCCUGGGCCACGGGACCUUCUUGCUGCAAACUCGGGGGGCCCCCGGGGGCAUUGGGGGCCCCCUCAAUAUCCUCACGGACCCUUUCUUCUCACGGCGCGCCGGGCCUUGGGGACGAAUCGGGG